AUGAAACUCAGCAUCAUUCCUCAGGAGCCAACGCUUUUCAGGGGCAGUGUAAGGAGCAACGUCGAUCCUCUGGGUCUGUACACAGAUCAGGAUAUCUGGGAGGCGUUGGAUAAGUGCCAGUUGAAGAAGACAAUCAGUGUCCUUCCUGAACUUCUUGAGGCACCAGUGAGCGAUGACGGAGAGAACUGGAGCGCGGGCCAACGGCAGCUCUUCUGCCUCGCGCGCGUCCUCCUCAGCAGGAACAGGAUCCUGGUCCUCGACGAGGCGACGGCGUCGAUCGACUCGGCCACCGACGCCAUCCUGCAGAGGGUCAUCAAGCAGGAGUUCUCAGGGUGCACGGUGAUCACCAUAGCACACAGGGUUCCCACCGUCACAGACAGUGAUAUAGUCAUGGUUCUUUCCUACGGUAAGCUUAUAGAGUACGACAGGCCAUCAAGGCUGAUGGAAAAUGAGGACUCAUCAUUCUUUAAGCUCGUCGCCGAGUACUGGUCCAACUAUAAGUGA